AUGAACUCCCUCAUUGCGGUCGCUUAUUUAACUGGCCUGUCCUAUGCCGCUACAAUGGACUGCGUUGGUACAAUAUCCUCGUUGAGCGACGUCGCUGAAGCAGUGAAAUGCACGACCGUCAACAUCAACAGCUUUACCGUACCCGGGGGCCAGGCUCUAACUCUCAACUUGCUUCAGGGAACAACUGUUAACAUGCAGGGAGAUGUGACUUUUGGCGUUGCGAAUUGGGAUGGUCCGCUUUUCACAGUCAGUGGAAAUGAUGUCACUUGUGCGUUCUCACAGGCCGGGACGGUGUUUUCCGAGGCUAAAUUUAUUAACAAUCUACUUGUUCCAGUCAACGGGAACGGGCACAAGUUCGAUGGUAAUGGACCCUCCUAUUGGGACGGUCUUGGGGGGAAUGGUGGAGUGGUCAAACCCGCCCCGAUGAUGAAGAUCAAAAUUUCAGGCUUAUACGAGGGUGUCACCGUCGUCAAUUCUCCCGCUCGCACGUAUUCCGUCUCGAAUCCUGGUCCACUCACUAUGACUGGCUUGACAAUCGAUAAUUCACUCGGCGACCAACCCAACAGCCAGAGCGAUGGCAAACCCGCUGGACAUAAUACAGACGGCUUUGAUUGUAGCACGGAAGACCUCGUCAUUUCUAAUAGUAACAUCCAUAACCAGGACGACUGCCUUGCCAUCAAUAAGGGAUCGAACAUCACCUUCACUGGAAACACUUGUACGGGGGGACACGGUAUCUCAGUCGGUUCUAUCUCUACUGGGGCGACCGUCGACAAUAUCCAAAUCACCAACAACAAAAUCAUCAAUAACGACCAGGCCCUUCGUAUCAAGACCAAAAGUGAUGCCACGGGAGCCUCAGUCACCGGUGUUACUUAUUCCGGCAACACAGCGACGGGAUGCAGAGAAUUCGGGGUCAUCAUUGACCAGAGCUACCCUUCCACGCUUGGAACCCCAGGGAACGGUGUUAAAAUCUCAGGCAUUAAUUUCACUGGAGCCACUUCCAACAUCGCCGUAGCUAGCAGUGCUGACCGUGUCGCGGUCAACUGUGGUUCCGGAAGCUGCACAGGUUCUUGGGACUGGUCUUCCCUGAAGGUUUCUGGUGGGAAGGUUGGGCCCAUUACUGGUUUCAACGGGAUAACUGGGUUCAGUCAAUGA